AUGGGUUCCUCUACUUCUAAAACCGCUUCCUCUUCUUCUUCUCCUUGCUCGGCUUCAAGUUCACCUCCAGAGAUGAAAUUCAUCUCCCAAUUCCCGUCGUCGUCUUCGUCUAAGACGGUUCCGAGAGCUUUCUCCUUUCCAAUGCCGUCGAUUCAUCAUCCACCGUCUAAAAAAGGCGACACGCACCACCUGGUCUCCCUCACUUCCACCACUUACGGCUCUCCUCCACUCCUCGACCUCGACGAAGCCUCUGACAGCAGCCAGCCAUUGCCUCAUGUCUCCAUUUCAGGAAAGAACAAUAAGAAAACCCUCGAAACAGAGGACUCGUUGUCUCCUGACUCAGUGAUCAACACAUGGGAGCUCAUGAACGGUCUCGACGACUACGACGAAUACGGUUGCGUCAACGGUAAGCGUAACUCCGACGUAAAGUAUGAAUCUUUCUCUAAACCCAUCAAUGGGUCUGCGUCGAAACUGGACGACUCUUACGAGAUCGUGAGAAUCGAAGAAGAUGAGGACGAUUGGAUUCCGUUGCCUUCUAGACCAAAGCAGCCUCUGUGGAAGCUUUUGUCUGAAGAAUCGUUUCUCUCUGAUUUGGAUCCUAACAUCAUCUCAUCUUACAAGAAAGCAUUGUCUUCCAAACGAAACACGAAACCAGUCUCAAACCAAUCUGUUGUAAUCAGUUUGCCAGAAUAUGUAUCUUUGGAAGAGCAAGAGAAACCAAGAACGCCAGAGACAGAGGACAACAAGAAGGAGAUAGUACUACUCUACUUCACUAGCCUCAGAGGAAUUAGAAAGACUUACGAGGACUGCUGUUGCGUGAGAGCGAUCUUGAGAGGGUUUCAUGUUGCGUUAGAGGAGCGUGACAUCUCCAUGGACUCCAGUUACAGAAAAGAGCUCCAGAUCGCUCUAGGGGGAGAGAAACCGGUUUGUUUGCCUCAGGUGUUUAUAAGAGGCGUCCACGUCGGUGGGAUUGAGGAGAUCAAGAUGCUCAACGAUGGAGGUGAACUGGGAGAGAUGUUGAAAGAGUUUCCUGUUUGUGAAUCGGUGGGAGCUUGCGAAAGCUGUGGGGAUGCAAGGUUUGUGCCGUGUACUGAUUGUGGCGGUAGUACUAAAGUGUUUGAGGAGCGAGAAGAUGUGUUUAAGAGAUGCGAUGGAUGCAAUGAGAAUGGAUUGGUACGUUGUAACAAGUGUUCUUGUCUUUAG